AUGACAAUAAAGAAGACAGAGUUGAAUUUUGAAAAUCGUUUGAACCAAGUAUGGAACGAGGAGCAAUCAUUGGUUUUGUGGGAGUCUGGAUGUGAAGUUAGAUCAUCCUUGCAAACAUCUGUUGUUCAACAACUUGAGAGUCUGCCUCAACAACUUGAAAGACUACCUUUAUUUAAUUGUAGCAACAUUUGGUUUGCUGGUGACAGAGCAUGCCUCCAGAUUGCGAAUAAAAUUGAAGUUUUAAGAGCCAUCAGUCUCCCCCUACAGCCUGGAGAAAGUAGCUUCAAGGAGUUUCAUCACCUCAAGGACUAAUCUUGCAAAUUGAAAUUCCAGUAUUUUUUUUCAGCUACCACAAGAUCCCUCAUCAACAAUUCCAACCUGUCCUCCAUAUUUAUUUUACUAUUUUUUCUUUUUUGAAUUUAAUGUCUGUUUAGAUGGUUUGUUUGUCCCUUUUGUUUUUGUAUCAUCUAAUUUGUAAUAACUUUGUUGAAGCUGAGAUACUCUAUUGGCUUUAGUUCAACUAAAGUUUGAUGUCCUUAAUACAUGUUUCUAUCACAUUCUUCAUUUUCUAUUUUAAUUGAAUUCCCAAUUUGCUUAUCAAAAGCUUUCGAAUGUAGACUAGGAGAGAAACAAAAACUCUAAUUUAUAGUAAAAUGCUCAAGAGAUGUACGAUAGGACUGAAGUUAUCAGUUCCAUAUGACUCUUUUUGUGUUUCUUCACAAAAAUGGUGAUCGGUUGGAGAUUCAUAUCGGAACCAGGGUGAUUUCUUUUCUCCCUUCCCCUAUUUCUUCAUCUCUAGAAAUCACAAAACCGGAUAUCAGUUCUGCUUUAUGUGACUAAUUAUAUAAUCCCAUGGCUUUUCAACUUUUCUUCAAGUGUUUGAGUUGAAGGUGCUGCUGAUUUGCAUAAAGGUUAUUUUGAGUUAGAAGGGCUGCUGGUUUGCAUCAAAGGUCCCAUCGGUCCUUAAUUAUUUGUCAUUAAGUUAACAGAGGCUAACUCCAGAACCAUAAAAUAGGCAAGAAAAGUGGCAUAAUUCAGCAUAUUAUCAAGAAAGGGGCCAAUGUAAUGCUUAGUACCACUUGCACAUUCCAUUCCUAUCACAUUGAGAGAGAGAUAUGAAAGCUUUAAGUUAUAUGACGUUAUAAUAGUAAUGAUUUUAUGGGAUAUUCGUGGACUGUUCCACUGUACGUUAUCUUUUAAAAAUCAUAUGUUGUCAAAACAACAAACUUGGUCUGUCUUCCCCUUUUGUUUUUCUAUGGUACCACCUUGCCCUAUACAUAUUGAUUUUGUUAAGUUAGUCUGUUUUGAUGGUUGUAUCUUUUGUUGUACAGAGUUGUUGGCUGUAAACCUAUACAAAGUUGCUGAAACCUCAUUGCCGAAGCAUCAAAUGUUUUACUAAUAUAUAAAGGGCGCCCUA